GCAGCAGGUUAAAUCUGCCUGCCCUUUGACUGAAGGGUCUGGUCCUGCUGUGAAGAGCCACCAUGCCGAGCGCCACCAAGCUGGUGAAGAAGGAGGCGUAUGACGCCAAGCUGUGCGAGAUGAUGGACACCUAUGACAGGGCGUUCCUUGUGCACGCGGACAACGUGGGCUCCAAGCAGUUCAUGGACAUCCGCGCGGCCAUCCGCGACCACUCCCGCAUCCUGAUGGGCAAGAACACCAUGAUGCGCCGCUCCAUCCGCCUCUACUGCGAGCGCACCGGCAACGACCAGUGGCUGCAGCUGCUGGGCCACAUGGUCGGCAACGUGGGCCUCAUCUUCACCAAGGGCGACCUGAACGAGGUGCGCAAGCUGAUUGAUGACUUCAAGGUGGGCGCACCAGCGCGCGUGGGCCUGGUGGCCCCCAACGACGUCACCAUCCCCGGCGGCAACACCGGCAUGGACCCCUCCCAGACCUCGUUCUUCCAGGUGCUCAACAUCCCCACCAAGAUCAACAAGGGCAGCGUGGAGAUCACGGCCGACGUGCACCUGAUCAAGACGGGCGACAAGGUGGGCGCCUCCGAGGCGACCCUGCUGGCCAAGCUGGGCAUCAAGCCCUUCAGCUACGGCCUGGUCAUCCUCCAGGUCUACGACAACGGCUCGCUGUACGACCCCAAGGUGCUGGACAUCACCGACGACGACCUGGGCAACCUGAUCACCGCGGGGCUGCGCAACGUGGCCGCCGCCUGCCUGGAGCUCAGCUACCCCACCAUCGCCUCGGUGCCCCACUCCCUCAUCAACGGCUACAAGAACGUGCUGGCCAUCGCAGUGGAGACCGACUACAGCUUCCCGCUGGCCGAGAAGGUCAAGGCCUUCCUGGCCGACCCCUCUGCCUUUGCCGUGGCCGCCGCGCCCGCGGCCGGCGGCGAGGCCGCGCCCGCCGCCGCCGCCGCUGCCGCCGAGCCCGAGGAGGAGGAGGACGAGGACAUGGGCUUCUCCCUGUUCGACUGAGCCUCGCGGCCUGUCGAGCGGCGCGCUGCAGAGCGGCAGCCAGCGUCAGCUGCAGCUGGCGGAGCGCCCGCCGCAUAGGAGGGGACAGCAGCGCUGCCACUCUACCGCUGCUGCCGCUGCGCAGCGACUUUGGUGGCCGGUGGCGCGUCUUCUCUGCCCUGCGUUGCAUCUUGAGGUGGCCGCCCCGGGUCUAUUUGCCGGUCGGCCGCUGGUCGCUGGAUGCACCCCAUGUAACCCUCGGAGUGCCAGC